AUGAGCAAUUCGAAAUGCUUUCGAUUUGAGAAAGUGUGGUAUAUAAUUGAAUUGGACAAUGGAAAAAUUAAAGAGUUCCGUCCAUCGACCGAAGAUGAUGUGGACGUUUUGGAUGUCGUAGACCAUGUUUAUGAAAGACUUCUUACCACAGUCGCGCAAAAAACUGUCAAAGAUGGAAAAAUAGACAUCAAGAACUUUCUCUAUGCUUUUAUGAAUCUAUCGGUCAAUCAGGUGAAAAACUACAAUUCUUCCCAAUUCGAUAACUAUGUUGAAAAAAACAGUGCUGCAGUAACCCUCGGUGAGUUGCUUUUUGAUUGUUAAAGUAUAUUCUCAAAUUUACACCUGGAUGAGGUGAUAAGAGAUUCUGAAAAAUAACAAAUUCUAUGGAAAACCGAUGCGUAAAACUUAGCUGCUGAGUUUCCUGGGUAGCUAAAAAUGAGCCUUAUAAGCUGAAAACAACUAUUAUUCAUCAUAAUUUUCAGUUUACAAUCUAAUUCAUACAGCAUCGUGAUUGACGCGUCGGGUUCUAUGAGACUGUAUCUCUUGUUUUUGAAAAGUCUUCAUAAUCCUGAUGUAGUUAUCUUGAUUAAACUGUUUCUUGUAAUAACGCGAAAAAAAGUUCCAUAAAAGUCUUGAAGUUUAGAGAAUUUUUUUUUUUUUGGAAAAUUUCAGGCGUUUUCAAAAAUAUCCGCACUUUUCCAAAAAUCACUUGACUGCUAGAUACUUUUUUUAUGUAUUUCAUAAAAUGAAAAAUCCAGGCAUCCUACAUUUUAUGUAUUCAAAAACAUGUCCAUAGACACAGAAAUUAUACCAAUUUUCAAUGUACUUUCUAUCUUUUUUAUCAUAAGGAGGAACUUACAGAAAAACCACCAAAAAGAAGAUAUAAACGAAAUCAAGUACAAGAAGAUCCGGAUUACGAGCCUCAAACUGAUUUUCCGCCAGGAACUAAUUAUUGGUUGAGAAAGCGAAAAAAGUUCAAUUAUAGUGAAGAUCGCCAAGGUGAUUUGAGUAAAAACUAUUCUUGUAGUCAAUAUUUUUGCUUUUUUAAGGAACGUCGGCUCAAAGUGAUGAACAGAUCGUUGAAAAUCGGAUUGAAGAAAAUAUACAACUUCAAGGAGAAGAAGAGCUUGGGACUUCUGAAUAUGACCAAGUUCCAGAAGUCGAGACCCUGGCCGAGUGGUUGGCGGAACAAGAAAUUCAAGAAAGUUCCGUUGAAACUGGCCAACUUCAAGAAACUGCAGAAACCACAGAGGAUGAAAAAAACGAAAAAUCACCAGUUCACGAAAUUGAAGUGAAUUUGGAUCACCAAGAAAUUGAAGUAAAAAGAGAAAUACUGGAUGAUGGAGAAGAAGAAAUUGCUGAACCUUUUGAUGAAGAUUCUAAUGAAUCGAUUGAAGAAAAUGUUGAGGCUCCAGAAAUAAAUGUGAAAUUGGAGAAUCCAGAGAUUGAAGAGGUUGACGAAGCUGAUAUGAGUGCAAAUAUUGGAGGAGAAGGAGAAGCUGUUGGGGUUCUAGCUCAUGAUUUCAACCACCUUGUGGUUGAAACACUUGAACAAAAUACAUUGGAUCCAGCAGCUUGCUUGCGUAGCAAUCCGUUUCACAUUGCGAACAUAUUAUUUCCGCCCAAGUUUUCACAAGAUGGUUAGUUUUUUCAAUAUUCGACAUUCUUUUCAGAAAAAAAUUCAAGACAAUUUUUUUUUUGAAAACAUCUUCUACCCAAAAAUCAAAACAUAUUCGAAGACAUUUGUUUCUCUAACUUUCCUAGAAAACUAUUAGGAAAAAUGUUGCAUGAAACCUAAUGCAUGUUUUAUUCAGAGCGGUCACAUCAAAAUGACGCCGAACAAAUUGAUGUUCCGUCGACAUCAACAUCGUUUUCUGAAAAGCUCAUCAAACAAAACGAGUCCACAUGUUCUCAAGUCUUCAACCCAGAAAUCCCACCAACAACGUCGGCUCAAGAACAAAUCACACCGGAUCCGCAAUUGCCGCUUCUUCUCCCAGAACUUCCACAGAACUUUUUUGAGCCACCACAAGUUCAUUCACGUUCGUUUUUUAAUGUGAAACAGAAACGAUUUUUCAAACUGAAAUAUUUCAGAAAUGCCACAACUACCAGUAAUGGAUUCAACACAAUUUGUGUUGACUUUACUUCGCACUAUGAGCCCGGGAGGUAAGUGAAUUUUGUUUAUUUCGUGAUUAGUAACCACAAUAUGUAUUUUUCAGUGAGAGCGUUAUUGUCACAACCGCUUAACUUGGAAUUAUUACGAUAUGGACCUUCGGGAGGUAUGUUUCAAAUUUGCAAAUAAAAUGUACUAAAUCAAAUUUUUCCAGAACUUUUGAUACCCCAAAUUGAUGUUGGCCAAAUUCACAACAACCAACCAAAUCAACAAGAUAAUCAAGGAGAAAACGGAAAUUAA